CCCCUAUUCAUUGCACAAAAUCAAAAUCCCCCUCUCUCCUCUCCCCCUCUCUCCCUGAGGUUUUACAAUUUGACCCUUCAUUUAACCAAAAAAAAAAAUCAGUUCCAUUUAAUUUUAUUACAUUAUUCUAGCAUAGAUCAAAGAAACUCAAACCUUAGAAAAAAAAAAAAAAAACCCAAGAAAAACAGAAACCUUUUUUGUGAUCCAAUAUCCAGCACAUGCAGCCGGGGCAGGUAACGCGGUAGAGCACCACCGUCGCCACCACGUUAACUUGCCAAAAAUGGAAACAGACACAAACCCCAACCCGAAUCAAACCGGUUGUUGCAACCCGGUUAAAAAACCAGGCCCGGUAUCACUAGAUCAUGUAUUACUGGCAUUGAGAGAAACGAAAGAAGAGAGAGAUGUUAGAAUUAGAAGUUUGUUCAGUUUUUUUGAUGCAGCAAAUUUGGGGUAUUUAGAUUAUGCCCAGAUUGAAGCCGGGUUAUCGGGGCUCCAAAUCCCUGCUGAGUAUAAGUAUGCGAAAGAUUUGUUGAAAGUUUGUGAUGCAAAUCGUGAUGGAAGGGUUGAUUAUCAGGAGUUUAGGAGGUAUAUGGAUGAUAAAGAAAUGGAGCUGUAUAGGAUUUUUCAAGCUAUUGAUGUUGAACAUAAUGGCUGCAUUUUGCCUGAGGAGUUAUGGGAUGCUCUUGUCAAGGAUGGGAUUGAAAUUGAUGACGAGGAGCUUGCCCAUUUUGUAGAGCAUGUUGAUAAGGAUAAUAAUGGAAUUAUAACUUUUGAAGAAUGGAGAGAUUUUCUUUUACUCUAUCCACAUGAAGCUACUAUUGAAAACAUCUACCAUCACUGGGAAAGGGUAUGCCAUGUAGAUAUUGGAGAACAAGCUGUCAUUCCAGAAGGAAUCAGCAAGCAAGUUCACAGGAGUAAAUAUUUUAUUGCCGGGGGUAUAGCGGGAGCCGCGUCUCGUACUGCAACUGCUCCUCUUGAUCGACUAAAGGUCUUUUUACAAAUUCAGACCUCAUGUGCUCGUCUGGCGCCUAUUAUUAACAAGAUAUGGAAGGAAGAAGGUUUCUUGGGUUUUUUCCGUGGUAACGGGUUAAAUGUUGUGAAGGUGGCACCUGAAAGUGCCAUCAAGUUUUAUGCAUAUGAAAUGUUAAAGGAUGUCAUUGGAGAUUUUAAGGGGGGAGACAAGGUUGAUAUAGGUCCUGGUGGGAGACUUCUAGCUGGUGGUAUGGCAGGUGCAGUUGCACAGACUGCAAUCUAUCCUAUGGAUCUUGUGAAAACUCGCUUACAAACUGGUGUUUGUGAAGGUGGAAAGGCUCCAAAAUUGGGAGUACUGAUGAAGGAUAUAUGGGUUCUGGAGGGACCUCGAGCUUUUUAUAGAGGUCUUGUGCCAUCUCUUCUCGGGAUUAUCCCAUAUGCUGGCAUUGACCUUGCUGCGUAUGAGACUCUGAAAGAUAUGUCAAAGACUUAUAUACUGCAAGACAGCGCACCUGGUCCCCUUGUUCAAUUGUGUUGUGGAACAAUCUCAGGAGCCCUUGGAGCAACAUGUGUUUACCCCUUGCAGGUUAUUAGAACUAGGAUGCAAGCUCAACCUCCUAAUGAUGCUAGACCUUACAAAGGAAUGUCUGACGUAUUUUGGAGGACAUUUCAGAAUGAAGGUUGUAGAGGUUUUUACAAAGGGAUUUUUCCAAAUCUUCUGAAGGUUGUGCCAGCAGCAAGCAUAACAUAUAUGGUUUAUGAGGCUAUGAAAAAGAGUUUAGAACUUGAUUAGGGGCUGAAAUAGCCAUACCCUGUGGCAACUAAACUGAUGUGAGAUCUGGGUAUAGCAAUGCUGUUGAUGACGAAAAUUAAGAAUAAGAUUACUAGUCAAGUAGGCAAUACAAUUUGUUGAAUUAUACAAUAGACAGUAAUCCCCAUCAGGGUUCGAGGCACAUAGUUUUGUUAGCCAGUUUUUCCAGAGAACUAUUUGGGGCAAGUGGACGAACAAGUUUUAUAUGAAUCAUUGUAUUUGACUGCAAGGUAAUAUCAGAAUGGAGGGGCUCUUAUUCCUUUACCCUUGCCCCCAUCCUCCGGAACUUUAA